UAAUUUAUAUUUAUAGUAAAGAAAGAAGUGUGUCCAACAUGUUUAAUAUUGAUAUGCUAGUUUAUAACCGAUAUUCGAAAAUAAUAUUUGUGUUUUAUUGGACAGAUGUAAUGGGGCAAUAGGUGGAAAAAUUACAUUUUUUCACUAAAGAUUUUAGGUUUUUAGUGUUUUUAUCAAUUGCUGUUAUCUGAGCCAUAGGAUACUAUGCUUUUCAAAGAAGCAAGGAAUCAACUUCAUUGAGUUUUUUUAAACAUGCUGACGAAGAAUAUUCUUACCAGUAUGUACAGCCAUCACCACAAUCAUCAUUCAAGGACUGUACAAGAUCCUGUCAACCAUGUUGGUUUACCGCCACUUAAAAGCCAAACAGUUGGAGGGAUGAACGAUAUUACCGCAGGUUUAGGAGGAUUAAAAGUUCAGCAAUUGUAUGAAGAACAUGGCGAUGGUACUAGAGCUGCAGCUCGACAGACCAAACAUACUUAUGGAAGUGCAGGCAGACGGCCUUCCUUGCCAUUAGUUAAAGACACACGUGCUAAGGAUGUUUACAAUGAACAAGUACAAUUAAGUGGUUCACCAAGUCGCAGAGCACUGGCAGCUAUGUCACAACAAAGAAAAGGAAUAGCUGGCUCACCUCCAGUUGAAAACGGUUCAGUUGCCAGUGGUUCAGCUAAAUCUAAAACACAACAAAACUAUCUCACACCUGAACAAGCAAUGAAACAAUACAUGCACAAACUGACUUCCUAUGAGCAUCAUGAAAUUUUUAGCUACCCCCAAAUUUUCUACACUGGUCCGACAGCGAAGAAAAGACAGGGUGUUGUAGGUGGUGCUAACAAUAAUGGAUUUGAUGACGAGCAAGGCUCAUACAUUCCUGUUGCUCAUGACCACGUCACAUAUCGUUAUGAGGUCUUAAAGAUAAUCGGCAAAGGAAGUUUUGGACAGGUCUUAAAAGCAUAUGACCAUAAAACUCAACAACAUAUUGCUCUAAAAAUCGUUCGAAAUGAAAAACGAUUUCAUAGACAAGCAGCAGAGGAGAUUAGAAUUUUGGAGCAUUUGAAAAAGCAAGAUAAGGAUAACAAUAUGAAUGUCAUUCACAUGUUGGAGAAUUUCACAUUCCGAAAUCAUAUAUGUAUGACGUUUGAAUUGCUCAGCAUAAACCUUUAUGAGUUGAUAAAGAAAAAUAAGUUCCAAGGCUUUUCACUUCAGCUUGUUCGUAAAUUUGCUCACUCCAUUCUUCAGUGCCUUGAUUCUUUGUACAGAAACCGUAUAAUUCACUGUGAUUUGAAGCCUGAAAAUAUUUUAUUGAAGCAGCAAGGCAGGAGCGGAAUAAAGGUUAUUGAUUUCGGUUCGUCUUGCUAUGAACAUCAGAGGGUUUAUACCUACAUUCAGUCUCGGUUUUACCGUGCUCCUGAAGUGAUUUUGGGAGCAAAGUACGGUAUGCCCAUUGAUAUGUGGAGUUUUGGGUGCAUACUGGCUGAGCUUUUAACUGGGUACCCUCUGCUUCCUGGAGAAGAUGAGAGCGACCAACUUGCAUGCACAAUUGAGUUACUUGGUAUGCCCCCCUCUCGUCUGGUAGAGCAGUCAAAACGAGCAAAGAAUUUUAUCAGUUCCAAAGGCCAUCCACGUUACUGCCUAGUAACAGUUUCAUCUGAUGGCCGUACAGUUAUGAAUCCUGGCAGGUCUCGGCGUGGGAAGCUACGAGGACCCCCGGGCACCAAAGAAUGGACUACUGCACUUAAAGGGUGUGAUGAUGCCCAAUUUACUGACUUCUUGAAACGGUGCUUGGAAUGGGACCCUUCCCUACGCAUGACACCAAGUCAGGCACUACGCCAUGGAUGGUUGCGAAGGAGAUUGCCAAAACCCCCGACUGCAGUCCGGGGUGUGCAAAACAGCACUGCACAAGCACUUGUGAGCAAAACUACCUCCGUCCACCACCCUGCACAUCACUUGCAACACAGGCAAGGUUCAUCCAACAAGCCAAUUAUUACAGCCAAAGAGGUUGAUACAUCUAACCGCACAGUUUUACCUAAGAUUGUAGGAUAAAUUUUUACAUAAGUCUGUUUUAUGCCGUAGUUAAAAAUUUAAUAUCUACUUUUUAGGAUCUAUGUUUGUUUUAUUUUUACAUUUUUAAUGAAAAUCUUCUACUCCAAGUAUGAAUAAAGUGGUUUCAACUUUGUCCUAUCUAUCCCCUCCUUUGCUCUUUCAUCUAUUUUCAUUUUGAAUUGAAUAUCUAUCUUUACAGGUACUUUGCGGCUACAAUCGUAUUGUAGCAGAUUGAGCUGCACUUUUAUUUUGGACAUAUUGUUUUAAAUAUUGGUAAUUGCUCUUAUUAUUGUUAUUAAAAAUCUCUUUUGUGAUUGCUCUACUAGUACGCCAUCUUAUGCACCACCAUUGUGUUAUAUCUAUAUAGUAAGUUUUCAGCUAAUUUUUUAAAACUAGCUUACUGAAAUUACAUUGCGGUACUGAUUAUGGGAAAUUUGAUUUAUCAUUCGCCAUGAACCAGACAUUCAUGCCACAAAGCUAUUUGAGAAUCCUAUGUAAUGAAUUAUUGAUACUUGGUUACCUCUCAAAACAAGGUGUUGCUUUUUCUGUAAAUUCGAUUCACAUUUUUUGGGUUAUAAUUUUAUAAAGUAUAUAUGAACCGUUCUAAACCGACAUAUACAUACUUGUUGAACAUUGUCCGUAUCGCGAAUAUGUUAUCAAAAUUAGCAAUUUGUACCGCUUUCAUAUUACUGAUGCCCGUGUUCCGUAUAUUAUCUUUUUCUGAAGACGCACAAUACAAUAAAUUAGAAAUACACUUUA